AUGGACGCCCUCUCUCCGGCGCGCGCUGUGUCGGCAGAAUCGACUUAUGGCGAGCCCGCCGCCGCUGACACGUUUGACGUUAUCGCGUCGCUCAGCUCAACUCCGCCGACGUCUGUCGCCGACUCGAGCAGUGUCACCCAUGAUGCAGCACUUGGCAGCCCCAAACUCGAGGUCGUGGCAGUGCCUAUCGACACGCUCGAGUCUCAUGACGCGCUCACCGGUGCCGACAUUGACGCGACCAUGACCGAAACGACCCCAGGUGCGCUGGACAUCGCCAUUCCCACAAUCGGUUUGAUCGACCCAAUCGCGCAUUCAAGCCCCCUCCAAUCCACCCCGACAGCUAGUCCCCGGGCUCAACGCACACGACGGAGCCGAGUCAGCGAGCCAAUCUAUAAUUUGUCCAAGCUGAGUGGGACCGAUGGCCACGGCAAGCGGCGAUCCAAAGGCGACGUUGUCAGCCAGCGCCGGCGCCGCACAACGACAGCAAUCACCCGACUCGAGUCAGAGGCCGAGGACGAUGCCGACCCUUAUGCUUUCUCUGAAGACUCCCCAAGAAGUAUGUCGCGCACGGGCACUGCCAGCGUGAAUGCGACACCCAAGAAACAGGGCUCUAUCAAGGUCGGCGCAAAGAAGAUCAUCCUCUCGCCGAAGCGCACCACGACGCGCUCGGCAGGUCCUGUCGUUGCACAGGCCCAAGCAAAGACCACAAAGCUAGGCAAGCGGAAACGGGAAGCGUUUGAGCAAAGCCAGGCAUCUCUGCCGCGCGAGUUACGGAGACUGCAGGAUACCAAGGAGUUCCAGGGCAUUGACGACCGGCCUGUUCUUCACACGGUCUGGGCCAAUGGCAAGUUUGUCGACCCCAAUGCGCCGCCACCCAGGAAGAAGGCCAAGGUCAAGGAGCCGAAAAAAGAGACCAAGACGGUCGAGCCAGAGGUCACGCCUGCCGUUGAAGCAGAGGCCCCGGCCGUUAAGACACGACGGGUCAAGAAGUGGCUGCCGUUUGGUCUCUAUGCCGGCCAGGACUAUCCAGUGGAUCCCAUGAAGGGCCUGACCGCAUCCGAGAAGAAGGCAUUUGCGAAUCUGCCAGAACUCGCCCCUGCCGAGAAGAUCAACUUUGUGUUGCCGCCGCCCCAGUUCGCCGGCUUGCGACUCCUCAUUCAGGGCCGGGAUUUCCAAUUGCCUUUCGAUAUCUGCAAUCCUUUGCCUCCGGGGCAGCCGAAACCCAAAGACUGGAGAACGAUGACCAAGAACCGUUUCAUUGGAGACGCCCGAGCUAUCUGGAAAAAGACACCGCACUUGCAGGAUUACCAGUCCAACUGCGUCUGUACACCCGAGGAUGGCUGCGGCGAAAGUUGCCAGAACCGGAUCAUGCUGUAUGAGUGUGAUCACACGAAUUGCAAUGUCGGCAUCGAACACUGCCAGAACCGUGCCUUCGCUCGGCUUACGGAGCGCACAAAGGCCGGAGGCAAGUACCGGGUCGGCGUAGAGGUGAUCAAGACUGAAGAUCGUGGUUACGGCAUCCGGGCCAACCGGUGUUUUGAGCCCAACCAGAUCAUCAUGGAGUACACUGGAGAAAUCAUCACCGAGGACGAGUGUGACCGUCGCAUGAACGAGAAGUAUAAGGACAACGAGUGCUACUAUCUCAUGCUGUUUGAUCAGAACAUGAUCAUUGACGCAACGACCGGUAGCAUCGCUCGUUUCGUCAAUCAUUCUUGCCGGCCAAACUGUCAAAUGAUCAAGUGGAUUGUGUCUGGUCAGCCCCGCAUGGCCCUGUUUGCUGGAGAUAAGCCAAUCCAGACUGGUGACGAGCUGACCUACGACUACAACUUCGACCCAUUCUCCGCCAAGAACGUCCAGAAAUGCUUGUGCGGUGCCGACAAUUGUCGCGGUGUUCUCGGACCAAAGCCCAAAGAGGUCAAGCCCCCCAAGGUACCCCAGGAGCUCAAAAAGGGCGCCAAGAAGACCUUGAAGGGCACGAAGCGCAAGCUUGGCCAGAUCUCGGGAGCCGGCGGGAAGGGCUCUCAGACGCCACUGAAGAAGCGCAAAAUCAAGACGGCCGCCAAGACACAGGUGAAGAAGCCUGCCAAGGGGCCGAUCAAGACGAUCAAGGCUGCCACAGCCGCGAUGCUUGUCAAGAAGAGUGUCAGCAAGGUUUCGGUCAAGUCCAAGGCAUCUGCCGGCGCAAAGACCAAGGUUGCCACUAUCCGUAAGACGAGCGUGGUCAAGACUGUUGCUAAGGGCAAAGCCGCGACCAAAGCCAGCUCUGUGGCCAAGAAAGCGUCGCCUAAGAAGACUAUCACCAAGAAGACGAGCAGUAGCACCAUUGUGGCCGCUAGUGCGGACAAGCCGAAGACGAAGAAGAGCACAUCGCCAACAAAGCCCAAAAAGAACGCCAUUGCGGCAAAGACCAAAGGAGCAGGUGCUUUGGGCAAGCCCAAGAAGACGACUACAGGCCCCCCAAGGUACGAAAGCUGA